GAAAAUUUCGCUCACUGUCUGUGGAUUCGCGGUCGCGUUCGGAGCGUUUUUCAGAGCCAACUUUUCUCUCGGAAGUUUAGUGUCCUGUCAGUCAGUGUGUUUGAUCAGCAGUGAAAAAUAAGCAGUCUGGUGAAAUAUUGCGGCGAAAAGUGUCCGAAAGGUGGAAAGAAAAGCACAAUCCGUUCCGACAAUCGUGACCACAGCUUGGAGACUGCGGAAAAUCCGAAAUUUUCUCGGUGUCAAUUAUUAACUCUGUGUCUGUCCGUCUGUCGUUGAAAAACGGAACGCGAGGUUGUCAUUUUACGCAUUUGAUUUUUCCCGUUUCCAGAGUGGAAGUUGCUUUAAAAGUGUGAAAUUCGUGCUUGCCGGGAUUGUGAGCUGCCACCGGUGGUCCAAAAAGUGGCCAUUCGAGUGAAACAGGAGGAAAAAGUGUUUACGUAAUUUCGCUGAAUUUUCGUUGUAAUCGAAUCGUGUUCUGCCUUCCGUAUUUCGGUUCUGUCUGUGUGCCAGAAGAGAACAGCAGUUGCCAGGUUUUUUAGUAGCGAAAAUCGGUCUCCCCCCUCGGAAUCCGUGUGCGCGACGGGGAAGAAGAAAGACGGUCUUGCUUGCUAGUAUUAGUGUUGGCCAAACGUCCCAUCCGUUUCCCGCCCCCCUAUCUUUCUUUUCGGAAGCCGAACAGCGAGUGAGACAGGACCUCUUUUCAUCAGGAACGGUCGGUGGCAAAAAUAAUUGGUAAACAUUGUGUAAUGGCGUUUCUGCGUUCCGUCGCUCGUUGCAAUAGUCUCGUUUCGCGUAAAGUGUCCUCCACGUCUUCGGUGCUGACCGCCGGAAGUAUCCCUCCUGCUGGCAGUUCGCCACGUGGUAUCCUUUUAAGUGAUGCGUUAAGUGCCGAUCCCAAUCAGGCUUCAUUGAGCUAUCUUAGCCAGGUCUUGGCCGGAGGACAUCUGCACCAGCGUCGGUUCCGUUCGGUAGCGGCCACUGCCACCUCAAACCGGGCCCAUGUCGAGUCCAAACAGCAACACCAACAACAGAACCCUCCCAGCUCGCCGCAGAGGGAUCCGUUGGACGUCGGGUUCAAUGAUCCGAACGCGGCCUUCAAGAGCAAAACCACCUUCGAGCUGAUCCGGGCCUAUUUCGUGUACUUGCUGUGCUCGUCCGAGUUCCUCGUCGAAAACAACAUGAAGCUGAUGAAACUGGCACAAACAGUUCUAGGGGAAAAGCUGUUCACCCUGGUGAUGAAGUACACAUUCUACGGUCAUUUCGUGGCUGGUGAAGACCAAGUCAAAAUUGUCCCCACACUCGAAAGACUGAGAUCGUUCGGCGUCAAGCCCAUCCUUGAUUACUCAGUAGAGGAGGAUCUGUCCCAGGAGGAAGCCGAGAAGCGUGAAGUGGAAAAUUUGAGAGUUCAGCUUAUGAAGACAAUCGCUAGCAUGAACUUCCCCGUGCACCGUCCUCGAAUUUGCAGCGAAAACCAUUUGGGUAAUCCUUCGACACUGCUGAUAGGUGUUAAUCCCGAACAAGGGACGGCAAUCCACGUGCGCAGGGCUUCGGUAUCGUCCACUGGGACGAAUCUUUCUGGAGAGGCUACUUCCCUACCCCAGUACAGCGUAGACAAAACGUUUGCCGAUCGACGCUACAAAGUACAAAGUGCACGUACCUACUUCUACCUUAACGAAGCGACCUGUGAACGCAACAUGGAGACUUUCCUGGAAUGUCUAGAUGCCGUCAAAGGUGCCACCUUCGGUACUGGUAUAACCGCCAUCAAGUUGACUGCCCUCGGUAGACCGCAACUGUUGCUCCAACUGUCCGAGGUCAUCAUGCAGGCCCGUAACUACAUGAUGGAACUGGCUGGCGACACCGGCAACGUUCUCACACAUCACAAAACGAUCCAAGAUCUCGAACGAUACCUGAGCAAAGUGACCGACAAGAAUGAGGUGAAGAAGUUCUUGGAGAAAGUUACCUCUGAUAAGGACGGUAUUCUACACUUGUUCCCCUGGUCGGGAAUCAUCAACGAAGACUGCGAACUGAGCGAAACGUUCCGAGUGCCGGAUCCGGUCACCGGACAGAUGCGCCGAUUGAUCUCACAGAUUCCACCCAAAGAAGAGGAAAUGUUCCGCAACAUGAUCAGACGGUUGAACACAAUCGUGAAGACUGCCCAAGACUUGGAUGUACGUAUAAUGAUUGAUGCCGAGCAGACCUACUUCCAACCGGCCAUCUCCCGUAUCACGCUGGAAAUGAUGCGAAAGUACAACACCGAGAAGGCCAUCGUUUUCAACACUUACCAGUGCUAUCUGAAGAAUACCUACAAGGAGGUGUGUACCGAUUUGGAGCAGGCUAAGCGACAGAACUUUUACUUUGGCGCUAAGCUGGUGCGAGGAGCGUACAUCGAGCAGGAGCGGGCACGUGCCGCCGCCUUGGGCUACGAAGAUCCUACGAAUCCGUCGUUCGAAGCGACGACCGAGAUGUACCACAAAACGCUGACCGAGUGUUUGCGAAGAAUUCGAAUCCUAAAAGACGCCAAGGAGGAUCCGAAGAAAAUUGCCAUCAUGGUGGCAUCGCACAACGAGGAUACGGUGAGAUUUGCCAUCGAGAAAAUGAAGGAAAUCGGAAUUCAUCCGGAGGAUAAGGUCAUCUGUUUCGGACAGCUGCUGGGCAUGUGCGAUUACAUCACUUUCCCGCUCGGUCAAGCCGGCUACUCCGCCUACAAGUACAUCCCGUACGGUCCGGUGAACGAAGUGCUGCCCUACCUAUCCCGGCGGGCCCAGGAGAACAAGGGUGUGCUGCAGAAGAUCAAGAAGGAGAAACGCCUGCUGCUGAGCGAAAUCACCAAACGACUAGCCAAGGGUCAGCUGUUCUACAAACCCAAAGGUAACUACGUACCGAUCUAAGCUGUUCGGCGGGAAAUAGGGGAUGGACCGCAAGGUCAUCGGAGGAACGCUUUAUGAACACGAAAUCAAAGUAACGUCCCAUUGUAAAACAUACACAACCCACUUACACGAAACCAGCUAAACGAACGCGACACAUUCAAAAUGCCAUACAAGGGCACGCAAGCCCUCAGAGAUCGGAACUCCUUCAACCGUUGAUGUAAGCGGAUAUAAGCAUAAGUGUGUUAUGGUGAUUGUACUAUUAGUUGUACUGGUAAGGAAACCCCAUCUAGAGCCUCGCUGUUAGGAAGCGGAAUCAAAAUUGUACUAGGCCAAGGCGAAAAAGUAUCCCAACAAUGCUUUUUAGAGAGAGGGGUUUAGAGUUGGAUAGUUUGUCAAAUGUAGGCGAGAUAUAUUAUGGAUAUUGAAGCUCAUACCUUUGGAAAAGACGGCAACUGUUGUGUGCGAAAUUUCAGUUGCUUUUAUUCGAAUGAUGUAAGAGAACACGGAAUCGAAGAUUUGUGAUUGUAAUUUUAGUUACAGUAGUUGCUAAAUAUUUUGUAAGGCGAACAUUUUUUUAUUUGAGAAAUUAAACAUUUUUACGUUUAACCGUUAGUAUCGUAGCGUUUUCUGAUGUUCGAAAGCGUCGAGCCAAGUGGUAUUAUGAUAAACUAUUUGUUUAGAAAGUCUUAAUUAGUUGAGCCAACGGAACACACGGAUCUGAUACUCCCUUCUAUAUGGAAUUAGUAGAAUCUAUUACACCAAUACACACAAAAAUGGAAACAGACAUACUGUGAAGUGAAUGAGUUUAAUGAAACUGCCUCAGGACAACAAAUAGUAGCGGUUCUAUGCAAAUUCGACUGCAAACAACGCAUUAAGAAGGAAAUAAUGUAUGGUUUGUUAGUCCUGAUCAAUGCAGAGGAUGUGUAGGUGCAUUUCGAUGCACCAAUCAAACAAAAUUUAACGUAUCUCGGUGUUCGAUGAGGAAUUUGUAUCUCUGUGUGUUACACUCGAAUAUUUAAGGGUUAUAAAACGUACAACGUAGCAGACAUUGGGCAUUCAACGUUCAAAGUAGAGAUCAUAUUUGGCAUUAUCCUGUUGUAGGUAUUUCGGUAUGAUUACCUUCACAAAUGGUAACUUACAAUUUCAAUAAGUUCAAGCAAAUCUACAAAUGUCUAGGUCUCAAAAAAGAGUAGAUGCAUUCCGUAAAUGAUACGUAUUGAAAAUCCCUAAAAAUUAAGUUUUUUUUUUCAUUUCUAGAGAUUUUUCAUAUGUUCAUUUAUGCACGAAAGUUAUAAAACGUAAAAUCAAAUUCAAAAAAUUAGUUUUCACAUAAUUGUUUGUAAAUUAAUACAAACUUGAUACUGCUUCUGGCUUUUUCUAUUGAAAAUAAUGCUAUUAGACAUCUCUAAAAAUGUUCAUUUCUAGGGACGCCUAAUAUGAAUUAUUUAGGAUUAGAAGUUCAAGCUGUUGGUUAGUGAACAUCAAUUUCAAACGUUCUUGGAAGUGCCUACAAACAAAGAUACAAACGUCGAUAUCGAAAUGAACCGCGACUGCUCAAACUGCUAGACGUCCCUCAAAAUCGUUCCCCAUACAUCUAAUUGUUUUCGGCGAUUUUCUAUCAGAUACAAAUAACCAUUCUAUAUCAGUGAAACAUUUUACCGAAGAACCCAAACUCUGAACACAAUUACUAGUGCGAGAAAAGUUGACAAUAAACAUUGAAGGUGAACUAAAUAUCGUGUAACUGAAACCAAUUGAAAAAUGUGAACGGAUAUUAAAAGUAAACGUAAACAAAAAUCUUAACAACCUAUGUGAAUGUAUAAUGUACGUUAUGAGUUACUGAGCAGGCAUUAGAUUAAAAAAGAAAACAACGUGUUCACCUAUGUUGCGAUCGUCUUUCAAAACUGACGUUUAUUAUAGGACGUUCGCACAAGGUUUUCACAAACACAUACACACGUAUAUACCUACUACAAUUACAAAUUACUAUUACUGCAUAUACAGUUCUUUCUCGAAGGAGAAGAACAACCACAACAAGCUAGUGAUGCUGAAAAACUCAAAUAUUAGAACAAAAAGUAAUGAAAACGAACGAAAAGGUAAUUGAAUUUAACUAAAUAAUUGAACACAAACAAAACCCAUACACAGCUACAAAAAACAGGUGCGAAAAAUGAUGUCGUAAAACACGCAUGAGUAGGCUAGAUCUGGUCCGGAGUAAAUUUGAAAAGCAAGGCAAACCAAGUUGAGCAUGUUCUAAUUGUAAGAUGUGUAAAAUAUUUAAAACCAGAAUAAAACGUGAACAAACAGAAAACAA